AUGCCGAGUUCACAGCCACGGAACCCUAUACCAACAGCGAGCACUGUCGUCAGCACACCACAAACGAGCAACGAAUCGGCAGCCAAAUACUACAACACCACUGUCGUAUUCAACCAAGAUCGCACUGCUUACUCCUACAAAGACAAUAACGGCCAAUGGGUCAUUAAUGAUUCAAAAUCCAAUUGGAGGGUGAUUGGGGACAAAAUCUACAAAUUCCACGGAGCUCCGCCGUAUGCGUGCUCGGCUCCACCCCGCUGA